AUGACCACACCCGUACUCCGAACAUCUCGCCGUCCACCUGUCAAGGUUGCCUGUCUGCCCUGUCGCGCAUCACGGAUCCGAUGCGACGGCCAAGAAAAAUGUGCGAAUUGCAUCUCCCGGGAGAGAACAUGCUGCUAUGUUCCCAGCAAGCGAGGGGGAGCGAGAAUUCCUCGCAACAAGUGCAAGAGCAAGAGUAGACCAUCAUCCUCUCCGACCGUACAGACUGUAGAUGAGAAGGACGAAAGCCGGCAGGUGUCAACACCUAGUGCAGAGGGCUCAUGGAAUUCGAACAAUGAGGAUGACCUUCUCGAUCACUUUAGGAGCCUGGGGAGACCGGGUGCUGGUCUACGCAGCGUCGAAAGCUCGGUGGCCGAGAUGGAACACAUCUUUGACAGUAUCUUCGGGGUUGAGAAUGGGGAGCCUCUUCUAUCUGAAAGCGACGAGUCCAUUCCGGACCUAUUGCAGAUAUAUGACAGCGAUGAGGACAUACUCGAUGCCUACUACGUCUUCAUCCAUCUCUACUAUCCUAUCCUACCUCCUCCAGAACGACUCCCGGCCUACAAUCGUCCCCUGAAUGAAAAUUCGACAUUCCGACCGUCCAGUCCGCUGAGCUUGGCUAUAUCGGCCAUCCUCGUUCUCAUCCCGCACCCCGGGAUCAAGCAACCGUCGACACCGGAGUAUACGCGGCUUCGACGAAAUGUGGCCCACAGUUUCGCGCAGUCGGCUCUCGAAGCAGUAGAGGCGGAUCUGGAGUUACUGGACUCCUCAUCUGACCCGUCCAGAGCACUAAGCGACGGAGCCCCGAUGAUCGCCCGGCAGCCAUUUCAUCCGAAAGUGCCCUUGCCACUCGAGGCCGUUCUGGCGCUUGUACUUUUGAGCGUUUAUGAAUAUGCUCAACGGGGGAAUAUCAGGAAGAUGUGCAAUCGAGCGGGACAGGCCUUGACAGCUGCGAUGAGCAUGUCGUUGCAUGAGAUGGUCGAGGACGACGAGUACGCCGAGGCGCGUCGGAGAGCUUGGUGGAUUACUUAUUUGACUGUCUGUCAAGGCUCGAUAGCCAGCGGGAUGCCGGCCGCAUUCAACGUGUACGACCCACGCUUUGUGACGCCGUAUCCUGAGGGAUGGAAACUCCUCAUUGAGGCGCAGCAAACCAUCCUCGAGGCUACCACGUUUGUCCACGAUCUCGACCAGACCGUCAAAUCUCGGUUCAAGGCGUCCUGGAUCUCGAGUCGAAUGACGGAACUAGAUCAUCAAAUCACGGCCCUUCUUCUUCUUUGCAGGCGGGCGUCCUUAUCCACGACUGUCUCUCCCUUGGACUCCCCGGAAAAGAUCGCCUCACGGACCAUCAACCAGAUUGCGGAGAUCAAGCUACACAGCGCUCGCAUUAAAGUCCACCGGUUCUGCGCCUUCUCGGACGUCCCCAUCUUCCGCAAGCGCCACUGUGAUCUCCAACCCGAAUGCUGUGGCGUCGAGCCAGCGGAAUCAGCCAUCCCCUCGCCCCCGGAAGAAAUCCCCCUUCCGUCAAUCAUGAAAACUGACCUCCCCGAUCUCACGUUUCCUUUCUCCUCGCAUGCAUCAUCCAAGAUAUGUCUCCAGUCUGCCCUGAAUAUCGUCACCCUGGUCGAUAACCUCCCCUACCCGAAUCCAGACCAUAUCAUCCCCCUGACCCUACCUCCGUAUCUGUCAAAUGCCUCUCGUGUAGAAAUUCCACGAGUGAUGCCCAUUUUCGCCUGCUGCGUAAUGCAGGCGAGCUAUGCGAUGCUGAUGCUGUAUCUCAAGGCGCGGGCAAAACAUGCCAAUAGUCCUGAGGACUCGUUGUCCGCCAAGGGCCCGUCGCUCACGGGGUUUUUGAAUGAGUUGCAGCAGAAUCUCCGGCUUGUGUCGAAGAUCCUGGCAAAUUAUGCGAUUGCUGCAGAGGCACUGCAGGGGAUGAAGGAGGAGGUAUCGCAUUGGGCUUUCUUGGAGGGUUGA